CAAAUUCUGUGUUAAAGAGAGCCCAUAAAAGAGCUCGAGUGAGAGAAGAGACUAUACCUCUACAACCUUGUAACAGAAAUGGCAUCUACUUCUCUCCUCAAGACCUCACCAGUCCUAGACAAGUCAGACUGGGUUAAGGGUCAGGCUAUCCGCCAACCCUCUGCCUCUGUUGUUAGGUGCCUCCCAGUUGCACCCUCUGCACUCUCAGUCCGGGCCAGCUCUUAUGCUGAUGAGCUUGUCAAGACAGCGAAAACUAUCGCAUCUCCAGGCCGCGGAAUCUUGGCCAUGGACGAGUCGAAUGCCACUUGUGGAAAGCGUUUGGCCUCAAUUGGGCUAGAGAACACUGAGGCUAACCGCCAGGCAUACAGAACACUCCUUGUCACUGCCCCUGGGCUUGGCCAAUACGUCUCUGGUGCUAUUCUCUUUGAGGAGACUCUUUACCAAUCUACAACUGAUGGCAAGAAGAUGGUCGAUGUGCUUGUCGAGCAAAACAUUGUCCCUGGUAUUAAGGUUGACAAGGGUCUUGUUCCUUUGGCUGGUUCAAAUGAUGAAUCUUGGUGCCAAGGUCUUGAUGGCCUUGCCUCCCGCACUGCUGCUUACUACGAACAGGGUGCUCGUUUUGCUAAAUGGCGUACUGUGGUGAGCAUUCCCAAUGGCCCAUCUGCACUUGCAGUGAAGGAGGCAGCCUGGGGUCUAGCUCGCUAUGCUGCUAUUUCUCAGGAUAGUGGUUUGGUUCCAAUUGUAGAGCCUGAGAUCUUGCUUGAUGGGGACCAUGGGAUUGACAGGACUUUUGAAGUAGCUCAGAAGGUCUGGGCUGAGGUGUUCUUCUACCUUGCAGAGAACAAUGUCAUGUUUGAAGGCAUCCUCCUCAAGCCCAGCAUGGUUACUCCUGGUGCAGAGUGCAAGGACAGGGCCACACCUGAGCAGGUUGCUGACUACACACUCAAGCUCCUUAGCCGAAGAAUUCCCCCAGCUGUCCCUGGAAUCAUGUUUUUAUCCGGUGGGCAAUCUGAAGUGGAGGCGACCUUGAACUUGAACGCAAUGAACCAAUCUCCCAACCCAUGGCACGUAUCGUUUUCAUAUGCAAGAGCACUUCAAAACACUUGCCUGAAGAAGUGGGGAGGCAGACCUGAGAAUUUGAAGGCCGCUCAGGAGGCACUACUUAUCCGAGCAAAGGCCAACUCUCUUGCUCAGCUUGGCAAAUACACAGGUGAAGGGGAGUCUGAGGAAUCCAAGCAAGGAAUGUUCGUCAAGGGCUAUGUUUACUAGGCCAACCAAUGAUAUAGACGAAAUGAUGUUUGAUGAGGAUAGUCAUCAUCAGGAAGAAAGUCCUGUGUUUGUCGUUGUAGCCCAUGACUCCUUUUGUUUUUAGUAUGUUCUUGUAGCAACUUAUCCUUCGUGCUUCUAUCGCUGUGUGUAUACAUUUUCUCUUUAAUGCAUUUUUGGGUACCUGAAAA